AUGACCAUAGUUGACAAAGCUUCUGAAUCUUCAGACCCAUCAACCUAUCAGAACCAGCCUGGCAGUUCUGAGGCCGUCUCACCUGGAGACAUGGAUGCAGGUUCUGCCAGCUGGGGUGCUGUGUCUUCGUUGAAUGAUGUUUCAAAUCACACGCUUUCUUUAGGACCAGUACCUGGUGCUGUAGUUUAUUCAAGUUCAUCUGUACCUGAAAAAUCAAAACCAUCACCACAAAAGGAUCAAGCCCUAGGUGAUGGCAUUGCUCCUCCACAAAAAGUUCUCUUCCCAUCAGAGAAGAUCUGUCUUAAAUGGCAACAGACUCAUAGAGUAGGAGCCGGGCUCCAGAAUUUGGGCAAUACCUGUUUUGCAAACGCAGCACUGCAGUGUUUAACUUACACGCCACCUCUCGCCAACUACAUGCUAUCACAUGAGCACUCCAAGACAUGUCAUGCAGAAGGAUUUUGCAUGAUGUGUACAAUGCAAGCACAUAUCACCCAGGCACUCAGUAAUCCUGGGGAUGUUAUUAAACCGAUGUUUGUCAUUAAUGAGAUGCGGCGUAUAGCCAGGCACUUCCGCUUUGGAAACCAAGAAGACGCCCACGAAUUCCUUCAGUACACUGUUGAUGCUAUGCAAAAAGCAUGCUUGAACGGCAGCAAUAAAUUGGACAGACACACCCAGGCCACCACACUCGUCUGUCAGAUAUUUGGAGGCUACCUAAGAUCUAGAGUCAAAUGUUUAAAUUGCAAAGGUGUUUCAGAUACUUUUGAUCCAUAUCUCGAUAUAACUUUGGAGAUAAAGGCUGCUCAGAGCGUCAACAAGGCAUUGGAGCAGUUCGUGAAGCCGGAACAGCUCGAUGGAGAAAACUCGUACAAGUGCAGCAAGUGUAAAAAGAUGGUUCCAGCUUCAAAGAGAUUCACUAUACAUAGAUCUUCUAAUGUUCUUACACUUUCUCUGAAACGUUUUGCAAAUUUUACUGGUGGAAAAAUUGCUAAGGAUGUGAAAUACCCUGAGUAUCUUGAUAUUCGACCGUACAUGUCUCAACCAAACGGAGAGCCGAUCAUUUAUGUUUUGUAUGCAGUCCUGGUACACACUGGUUUUAAUUGCCAUGCUGGCCAUUACUUCUGCUACAUAAAAGCUAGCAACGGCCUCUGGUACCAAAUGAACGACUCCAUCGUGUCUACCAGUGAUAUCAGAUCGGUACUCAGCCAGCAAGCUUACGUCCUCUUUUAUAUCAGGUCCCACGAUGUGAAAAACGGAGGUGAACUUCCUCAUUCCGCCCACAGCCCUGGCCAGUCCUCACCCCGACCGGUCAUCAGUCAGCGGGUUGUCGGCAGCAAACAGGCAGCCUCAGGAUUCAUUGGCCCACAGCUCCCCUCUCACAUGAUGAAGAACCCUCCUCACCUGAACGGGACGGGACCGCUGAAGGAAACGCCGAGCAGCCCCCUGUCAGGUCCCAGCGGGAAUUCCAAUGUCAGCAGGACUGGUCCUGUGAACGCCUCCCCGUCUGUUCAGAACUGGUCAGUUAACAGGCCCUCAGUUAUUCCAGAACACCCCAAGAAACAGAAAAUCACGAUCAGUAUUCACAACAAGUUACCUGUGCGCCAAGGUCAGUCUCAGUCUAACCUUCACAGCAAUUCUUUGGAGCACCCCAACAAGCCCGCCCCCUCUUCUACCAUUACCACUUCUUCUGCAAUACAGUCUACCUCGAGUGCCCCCACGCCGCCCGCCUCUAGUAAGGUCCCAAAGCAGAUGGCCCCGAGGGAGGCCUGCUCCAGGCCCGUGAUGAACGGCAGGUCCAGGCUGAGCGCUGGCGUGCUGGUCCCCUACGGCGCCGAGUCCUCUGAGGAGUCUGAUGAGGAGGCCAAGGGCCUCGGCCAGGAGAACGGCCUCGGGCUGACUGAGAGCGCGUGCUCCCCUGCUCCAGACGCCGAAGACGGUGAGGCCUCCCCGCACGAGCUCCGAGAGCCCGUGGCUCUAAAUGGUGCUACUGGUCCGGACAGCGACCUGACAGAAAAUGGCCUGCCCUCGGACGGGGCCCCUUGCCCAGGCCAGCCCGUGCUGCACUCAGAACACCCCUUUCCCAAGGCAAACGGCCUCCCUGGGAAGUUGAUGCCUGCUCCUUUGCCACCUCUUCCAGAAGACAAAAUCUUAGAGACCUUCAAACUUGGCAGCAAAGCCAAAGGCUUGGCAGAGGAGACGAGGACACCUGGCUCAGAGGAGAGACCUCUGGAGCAUCCGGAGGCAGAGCUGGAGGCCAGCCACUCCCUUCCCGAAGACGCCCGGGAAAACCUGGAGUCUGUCUCGAGUCUCAGCAGCAAAUUCAAGAAGAUUUUGCCACCCUCGGACCCCAGCAUCAAACCUACCAAAGAAGGAGUCUCUGAACAUGUUUUGGCAGAACCCGAGGAGGCCGUGCCGAGUAUCAGCACCUUUUGUAACCCCGACAAGGAUGCCCUCGGGGACGAUCAGCUUCCAGCACCCUGUGACCCUGGGAACUUAACAGACGAUCAGAGCAAACCAUCCCCGGACGUGGGAGGGACGUUACCAGAGCGGCCCCAGGACCCAGUGGCCACGGAAGCCAUGGGGAGGCUGAGCCCGGGUCCCUCUGUGCCUUCUGAGGGCGACUGUGAGCCCGAGCCCUUGGGUCACAGCGGUCGGGACAGAGGCUUGGAUGCAGAGGGUCCCGCUAAGAGCACAGGGGUGUCCACAGACGAGGUGCCCUCUCCGCAGCUAGACACGAUCACAGAAAACCGUCCCGAGGGGCCCCCCGAGCGCAGCAGCGGUGAGAGAGGGGAAGACAGUAAGGCUGGGCAGAAGGCCCCGGAGCCGUGUCCGGUCCAGGAGAAGGUCAGCAGCCUCAGAAAGGUAGACCGAGGACAUUACCGCAGCCGAAGAGACCGCUCGUCCAGCGGCGAGCGCACACGGGAGAGCCGGAGCAGGACUGAGGUGCAACAUCGGCGGAAGCGGCCCCACAGGGAGCACGAGCGGCCGCGGCCCGAGCGGCCGCGGCCGGAGCCCUGCGCCCCGGCCCCGCAGCCCCCCUGCCUCAGCUCCCUGGCCAGGUCAGGCCACCACCACUCCCGGAGCAGGGGCGCCCCCGACCAGGAGUGGGGCCGCUACCACCACGCUGAAGGCGAGCAUGCCUGGGCCCGGGAGAAGUACUACCCGGAGAGGCUGCGUUGGGAGCGCUGCCGGUACCACCACGACAGGUCCCCCCUGUACCCCAGCCGGGAGCCCCGGGACUGGCGGCCCUUCCACGCUGAGCGAGAGUACGAGCGGGCCGGGCCCUACGGCAGCCGGCCCUACAAGGACCACUACAGAGGCCGCAAGGGCUAUGAGCUGGCGGCCAAAGAGAGGGACCGGCACCGCUUCAGCAGCCCCCGGGCAGGCAUGGCCCAUGCGCCCCCUCCACACCCCGCUGCCAAGUACGCCCACGACAGGCUUGGCUUCGGGGCUGAAGACAGCAGCUGCGACCUGGCCGGGCGGUUUCAUGAACACGACGUUAAGUCACGGAAACGGAGAUAUGAUAGCCUAGAGAAUGACAGUCAUGUAGAAAAGAAAGCCUGGAGAAGUUUACAGAAGGACCCUUUAGAGGAGCCCAAAGUAAAGAAGCACAAAAAAUCAAAGAAGAAGAAGAAAUCCAAAGACAAACACCGGGACCGAGACUCCAGGCAUCAGCAGGAUUCAGACCUUUCCGUAGUGCACUCUGACGCUGACCUCCACAGACACAAGAAGAAGAAGAAGAAGAAGAAGAGACACUCGAGGAAAUCAGAGGACUUUGGGCGAGAUUCAGAACCGCGCUUGCCCAAGGCAGCCAGCUGUGAGACUGUGGACCAUUUCCGGAGAGCCGAGGGCACCUUCCCCCUUGCAGACGGCCUGCCGCUGGAGGGCGCGGCACCUUUCUGUGAGAAAACCAAACACUUCAGGAUGGAGAGCCGGGAGGUCAGGUGUCGUCUGUCCGAGUGCGGCCAGGAUUCACGUGUUCAACAGAAGCCAUCCCCAACCCAGCUUAA